UCGCUAGCAUUUUUCUCCAUUUCUAAAACCCUAGAGCAAAACACCACAGUAAUUCAAAUUGGAGAUUAAUCUCUUCUGGGAUACUUUCUUUUGAGAUUUCAUUUCAUUGCAUCAACUUUUUUUUUCUGGGCACUUUCAGGAUAAAUGGAAGUUCAAAGUGAGAAGAAAAGCAAAACACCUUCAAAUUUCAAUUGAUUUAAUAGGCUUUAAUGAGUUUAUACGGUGUUAGAUCUUUGGUUUUGGAAUGAGUCCUGCUUUACAUCCUAAACAUGUAGCCGCAGUUGUAAAAUACCAAAGAGAUUCGCUCAAAGCGCUUGAAAUGUUCAAUGCGGUAAAGAAAGAAGAUGGGUUCAAGCACACUUUGUUAACCUAUAAGUGCAUGAUUGAGAAGCUUGGGUUUCACGGGGAAUUUGAGGCUAUGGAGAAUGUACUCCUAGAGAUGAGACUGAAUGUAGAUAACAGGCUGCUUGAGGGAGUUUAUAUUGGAUGCAUGAGAAAUUAUGGACGCAAGCAGAAAGUUCAAGAGGCUAUUGACGUGUUUGAGAGGAUGGAUUUUUAUAAUUGCGAGCCAACAGUUCUAUCAUAUAAUGCAAUCAUGAAUAUUUUGGUUGAAUAUGGACAUUUUAAUCAAGCACACAAGGUGUAUAUGAGAAUGAGAGACAAAGGGGUUCUUCCCGAUGUGUACACUUUCACCAUUAGGAUAAAGUCAUUUUGUAGGACAAAGAGGCCUCAUGCCGCUUUGAGGCUUCUUAGAAACAUGCCUUUGCAAGGAUGUGAGAUAAAUGCAGUUGCUUAUUGUACAGUAGUUGGAGGGUUUUUUGAAGAGAACCAUCAUAUUGAGGCAUAUGAGUUGUUUGAUGAGAUGCUUAGGCUAAGAAUUUCUCCAAAUAUCACUGCAUUUAAUAAACUUAUACAUAUUCUCUGUAAGAAGGGGGAUGUUCAAGAAAGUGAAAAGCUGCUGAAUAAGGUUAUGAAGAGGGGAGUAUCUCCAAAUUUGUUUACAGUCAAUAUCUUUAUCCAAGGGCUUUGUAGAAAAGGUGCACUCAAUGAAGCUGUUAGUCUAUUGAGCAGUGUGACUAGGGAAGGUCUGAAACCAGAUGUUGUUACGUACAAUACCUUAAUAUAUGGUUUGUGUAAGAGUGCCAAGGUUGCUGAAGCUGAAAUAUUUUUGCAUAAAAUGGUGAAUGAAGGUUUGGAGCCUGAUGGUUUUACCUACAAUGCUGUAAUUGAUGGAUAUUGCAAAUUGGGUAUGGUACAAAAAGCCGAUAAGAUUCUUAAUGAUGCGAUUUUCAAGGGUUUUAUUCCUGAUGAGUUCACGUAUUGUUGCUUAAUUAACGGGUUAUGCCAGGAUGGUGAGACAGACCGAGCUAUGGCUGUAUUUAAUGAGGCUUUGGGAAAAGGAUUAAAGCCUAAUAUUAUUGUGUAUAACACCCUUAUCAAAGGGUUGUCUCUGCAGGGACUCAUUUUGCAAGCCUUGCAUCUGCUGAAUGAGAUGUCAGAAAAUGGUUGCAGUCCCAACAUAUGGACUUACAAUAUAGUUAUAAAUGGAUUAUGCAAGAUGGGGUGUGUCUCUGAUGCUAAUAAUUUGCUGAAUGAUGUGAUUGCCAAAGGCUACCUUCCUGACAUUUUUACAUUUAAUACUUUGAUUGACGGUUACUGUAAGCAGUUGAAAAUGGAAAAUGCAAUUGAGAUUCUAAAUCAAAUGUGGAGCUAUGGUGUUAGUCCUGAUGUUAUCACAUAUAACUCAGUGCUGAAUGGCCUCUGCAAAACUUCUAAGUCAGAAGAUGUGAUGGAAACUUUUAAAGCCAUGAUGGAGAAGGGGUGCAUUCCCAAUGUAAUCACAUACAAUAUACUUGUAGACAGCCUCUGUAAAGCUCGGAAAGUUAAUGAAGCAUUGAACUUGCUUGAGGAAAUGGAAAAAAAGGGUCUUGCUCCAGAUACUGUUAGUUUUGGUACACUGAUCCAUGGCUUUUGCAAUAAUGGAGACUUGGAUGGAGCAUACCGGCUGUUUAGAAGAAUGGGACAAAGAUACAAGGUUUUUCAUACAACAGCAACAUACAAUAUUAUGAUUAAUGCUUUCUCUGAUAAGCUAAAGAUUAAUAUGGCUGAAAAGCUUUUCCAUGAAAUGGGUGUAAAUGGCUGUACCCCAGACAGUUACACUUACCGUGUCAUGAUUGAUGGCUUCUGCAAAACAGGAACAGUUGAUUCUGGUUAUGAUUUCCUUCUGGAAAUGGUUGAGAAAGGGUUCAUUCCAUCUUUAACAACAUUUGGACGGGUUAUAAACUGUCUUUGUGUAGAGAAAAGAGUUCAUAAUGCAGUUGAUCUCAUCCAUCUGAUGGUAGGAAAAGGCAUAGUUCCUGAGGUUGUGAACGCAAUUUUUGAGUCAGAUAAAAGGGAUGUUGCUGCUCCUAAGAUCGUUGUAGAAGAUUUGUUGAAAAAGGGCCAUAUAACUUAUUAUGCUUAUGAUCUCCUUCAUGAUGGAGUUAGAGAUAAGAAACUACUAAGGAAGCUUCAAAGUAGAUAAUGUCAUGACUCAAAGAGGGAUUUGUAUUAUUUUGAUCAAUCAGUUUCGGAUUUAGAAAGUGGAAAGGUUUGUUUGAUAGUGGAAGCUGGUGGCAUCUGAAAAGAUGUUAAUGAAGGAGCAUGCAAUAUUCUGCUUCAAUUCCUUCCAUUCUUGCCUCAAGCUUUGAAUAUCUUUCUCAGCCAAGGUAAAGAGUAAAUAUGCUAUGCAGCUAUCAUGACCCUGGAUUGUAUGCCAGUGAAAGUAAAGAAGGAAAACUGCUUCCUUCAAGUUUGUACUCUUUGUACACGAUCUUCUCUGAUCAUUUCCUAGUGAAUUGGACUUGGAGAAACUGAGGCUCUCGAAAAAAGGAUUCAGAGCUCGCAGAUGAAGAUACACCGAAAAGUGGAGAAUAGAGGCUUUCUUUUUCUAUCUGUUUUGUUAGUUCAUUUUUAGUCACAAGAAAAAAAAUUUUUAAGCCAUUAUAAAGUGCAUUACAAUAAUAAAGAUAUUGUGUGGGCUAAGGAAAAAUUGAAAGUGCAUCCUAUGUGAUAACGGCUUUGUACAAUGUUUUGUUUGCACCAAAAGGA